UUCCCUUUCCCCCCUUCUCUCUUCUUCUUCUUCUUCUUCUUCAUUUUCUCUCUCUUCCCAUUACAAGGUUAGGCUCUGCAUUUCGUCUGAGUUUCUGGGUGUGGCAGUGUUUUUGCAGAGGAGACUGCCAACAGAGAGGGAAAAUGAAGGUGGGGGCUCUAAAUUCAACCUCUGAUUUCGUCUAAACGUAUGUGGAAAGUGAAUGGAAUCAGGAAAUGGAAAUGGAUGCUUGAUUCUUAUUGGGAAGAACAUGAGGGAAAGUGAGUGAGGGCUUUUGUUUUUUGUGAUAAGAUGAACGGGAAGGAUGAAUUUGAAGAUGAGAGCAGGAGGAGUGAUCCUAUGAGUAUCACCUCCGGCUGGCAAUUUGCUGGUGCUGUUAGCAAUGAGGAUCUAAGUGUUUCUUCUUGUCCUUCAACUUCAAUGUCUAACUUAUUCACUCCAACCCUUAUGAACUCGGGAUUCUGCAGCAGUUUUAAUGAACAAAACAGCAUAGUUACUGGAGAAGGUCUGAAUUCUUUGAGAUCUAAUGGUGUGGAUUGGAGCCAACAAAAUCCAUGGAUGAAAGGAGUUUUCUCAGGAAAUGUUCAUGGAUUUCCAGCUAAUUUAUCUCAACUUCCAGCUGAUUCAGCGUUCAUAGAACGUGCAGCAAGGUUCUCCUGCUUCAACAGCAGAGUUUUCGGGGCUUCGCCGCCUGUCGGUCCUUUCGAUAUUUCAAACUCCAUUGGCAUUCAUUCUAGACAAGAAGUUAUGUCCAGAAAUGGAGCCUCCACGGAUGGUUCUUUGCCCAUGGAGCUUGAGGCUAAAGAAAAGAGUCCAUCUAAGAAUGAGAAAGAAAGUGAAAUGUCUCAAGCCAGAGGUAAAGAAUCCGAUGAGGCCGGGUUCAGUGGCGGUCAUGGCGAACGAUGCGUGUUGGAAGGUACUAUCACAGAACCAUCUAUGGAUGAACUAUGCUUAAAGAAAAGGAAAAGGGAUGAACAGAAUAUAGAACUUGGACAAGUUAAAGAAGCUCCCCAACAAGUUAACGGAACUGCCAAGAAUGGCGCAUCGAAUCAGCAGAAGGGAACACAAAACCCGAGUUCUACUACGAAUAAUCCUGCUGAAAAGCAAGGAAAACAGGAUUCUCAGCCAUCGGAUACUCCUAAAGAAGAAUAUAUUCAUGUUCGAGCUCGAAGAGGACAGGCAACAAACAGCCAUAGUCUUGCUGAAAGGGUAAGAAGAGAGAAGAUAAGUGAAAGAAUGAGACUCCUUCAGGACCUCGUCCCCGGGUGUAGUAAGGUCACUGGCAAAGCUGUAAUGCUUGAUGAAAUCAUUAACUAUGUACAGUCGUUGCAACGACAAGUCGAGUUCUUGUCAAUGAAACUUGCAACAGUUAAUCCCAGGCUGGAUUUUAACAUCGAAGAGCUCCUCACAAAAGAAAUCAUUCAAUCAAAGGCUGGUCCAUCCUUAUUUAGUUUUCCUCCUGAUAUGCCUAUGCCUUACCUCCCGCAACAUCCGUCUCAUCUAGGACUUAUUCCACCUUGUCUUCCAAACAUGGCGAGCUCUCCGGACCUGCUACGAAGAACGAUAAAUUCCCAGCUAACUUCACUCGUUGGUGGAUUCAAGGAGCCUGUUCAGCUUUUGCAGAUACCGAACGGGUGGGAGAACGAACUCCACAAUGCUGUUCCAAUGAGCUUUGAUGUCGCUGCGCCUACCAGUGGCCAAGAUGUAGACGGUACUAUUUGUUCAAGUUUACCCAUGUGACCAAGAUGUUGAUGUUGGCUACCUUACCUUCUCAGGUUCCACUCCACAAUGCAACACUAGAGCACAACUCUAAGUUUGCUUUUGAGCUCUUAAGCCUUUACAUUCAAAGUUGUAUAGAGAAUAAUGCUACUGUCAUUUCUGCUGAGUCCGAUGACGAAGUUCGCUGAUGAGCCUGAAAAAAUGGAGAAGAAUGAGUAAUCAAAUGAAGUCUGGGCAUGAAGAGAGAUAUGUAGGCACAUUUUGCAUGCAUUUCAAUGCAAGAGUUUAGAAUAAUACAAGGCAAAGAUUUUCUGCACAAAACAGUCAACAUGGUAAUGAAUCAGAAAAAGAGGCUGCUGCUUCAAGACGAUUGAGACAAAUGAAAUCAGAAGAAAUAUAUAUGAACUAACCUGCGCCUGAUUUUUCACUUCCCCAUUAUUGAAGAUCUUGUAAAAUCUUCUCAUGUAUAUGUUAGUUCUUCUCCUCUUUUUCUUCCUGUUCUCUAUCCAUUUUGGAACUGUCUUACAAUUCUCAAACAAGACAUCUUUGAUAUCAAUGGACGUGUUAAGGUUGAGACAAA